CCGAGCGCGAGCAACAGUCUACAGCGGGUCGUGGUGACGGGAGGAGCGGUGUGUGCCUCGCCUCGACUCACACGUCCUUCUUGCCUCCCCGCUCUUCGCCCGGCGCGCUGACUUCACACCCGCGACGAAGCGUAAGUGCCUCGUCUCACGCACUAACCCCACCCGGCUAUCUGACCUCACACCCGCGACGUAGCACAAUAGCAUAACUAGCCCCAUAAAACACCCAAGAAGAAGAAGAAGUGCCCCUCGCCUCACUCACGUCCCUGCCCGCUGUGUGCCCGGCUGAGUGACUUGGCACCUGACACGUAGCAAAAGCUGUGAGUGACUGGUUGAAGCCUCUUGCCACCACCACCAUCACCACCACCACCACCACUACCAACAACACCAACAACAACAACAACCAGUCCUCAAACAGCCUAGAGGUCACAGCAAAAUGACCUCCUCCUCCUCCCCCUCCUCUUCCUCCUCCUACCCACGCAGACGCCCUCCUCCUCCUCCUCCUCCUCCUCUUCUGGUGGCGUCGACGGGACUGACUCUGGUUCUUCUGCUGCUGGGAACACAUGUAGUCGACGGAGCCCCAACGCACACCUCCACCACCAGCCCGUCACCACCACCAACUCCCCUCAUCACCACCACCACCACCACCACCUCGACCCACCGCCCGACUUCGCAUCCCAUUUGGCACCUUCUCCUGGCUCUCUGGCGGCCUAAGGAUACUUCGCACGAGGAGCCUUCAGAGGGCAGCCACAGCGGCGUUCUGACUCUCCCCUCAGCGGCGCGUCUGGUCCAGGAUGACGGAGGAGGCGGCGGGGGUUCUGCGUCUCUCUCGCCGACCGCCGCCGACCAGCCGAAGAAUGACGGAGACCUUGGUAGCCAUGUUGAUGCCUCCACCUCCUCCGCUUCCACUUCUUCCUCUUCCACCUCUACGGCUUUUGAAGGGACUGAUUCCUCUACUGAUGUCUCCUCCUCCUCGUCCUCCUCCUCCUCCUCCUCCACCACGGCAGAAGAUGAAGACACUCCACAACAUCCUCACUCCGGCUCCUCCUCCUCCUCUUCCUCCUCCUCCUCUUCGCAACUAAAGACUAAAGAAAGGAAGCAACACUCAGACUCCACCACUUCUGAGACCAACACUGACCCCUCCAACACAGCAACAGACUCAAUGCAACACAGGGAUUUAGGAACACAAACUCCAGUGUUGAAAAUGAACCCGCAAUACACAGGGAGAGACACCGAGCAACAGAGGGAAAAAGAAACACCGCAUGGCCCAGUUUCCGACGACCCGCAACACUCCGAGCAACACACAGGCCUGGAAACAGCGCAACACCCCGAUACGGACACUCCACAACACCCCGCUCGCAACACAAAGCCGAAGUCAGCCUCCACAGCCUCACCGGACACACGCAACACACAGAAACCCCCUGAUGCAACACAAGAAAGGGAUCCGGAUACGCCGCAACACCCAGCUCGCAAUACUCAACUCAAGCCAUCUCCCAACACACCGCUGCAUCCUACAUCGGCAACACAUGGAAAAUCAAACCUCACACAACACUCAGACUUGGCAACACAACAAGAACCUGAUCGGGAUACUCCGCAACACCCAGCUCGCAACACACCACCCAAGCCGACCCCGAACACUUCUUUACACCCAACAUCCGCAACACAAAACCAAGGAAACUCAAGCCUCACGCAACACACAGACUUGGCAACACAACAAGAACCUGAUCGGGACACGCCGCAACACCCAGCUCGCAACACACCACCCAAACCAACCCCCAACACUUCCUUACUCCCAACACCCGCAACACAAAACCAAGGAAACUCAAGCCUCACGCAACACACAGACUCGGAAACACAACAAGAACCGGAUCGGGACUCGCCGCAACACCCAGCUCGCAACACCCAACCCAAACCAAGCCGCCAACACCACCAGCAGCUUCUCAACACCUCGCAACACCAGUCCGUCAACACCACGAAAUCAACACCCGAGCAACACCCAGAUUCGGACACUCCCAAGCACCCAACGAGCAACACUCAGCAUAAGGGGUCCCGCAACACUUCGCAACACGCAACACCGGCCGCUGAGGAGACCCGAGACCGUGACACCCCGCAACACCCGGCCCGCAACACAAAGAAGAAAGAGGGAGAUGGACCCCAGCAACACCCAGCCCCAAGUUCACUAACCCAGCAACACUCCAACCCCGAAACACACCCGGAUCCCAGUUCUGAGACCCAGGCAGUCCCCAGUACCCGGUUAAACCCAGUCCCCAGUACACCAGAACAACCAGACCCCAGUUUUGAGACCCAGAAACACCCCAGUCCCCAGUCAAACCCAGUCCCCAGUACCCAAGAACACCCAGACCCCAGUUUUGAGACCCAGAAACAACUGAGUACCCAAUCAAACCCAGUCCCCAGCUCCAAAGCCCACCCAGACCCAAGUUUUGAUCCCCAGAAACACUCCAGUACCAAGUUACACCCGGUUCCCAGUACCCAAGGACACCCAGACCCAAGUUUUCAGCCCCAGGAACACCCCAGUCCACAGUCAAACCCAGUCCCCAGUUCAAAAGCCCAGCCAGACCCCAGUUUUGAGCCCCAGAAACACUCCAGUACCAAGUUACACCCGGUUCCCAGUACCCAAGGACACCCAGACCCAAGUUUUCAACCCCAGGAACACCCUAGUCCGCAGUCAGACCCAGUCCCCAGUUAUGAAACCCAGCCAGACCCCAGCUCCCAGGCAGUCCCACACCCCAGUACUCAGUUACACACGGUUCCAAGUCCCCAGGAGAACCCAGACCCCAGCUCCCAGGCAGUCCCGCACCCCAGGCCCCAGCCCCACCCAGUUCCCAACCCCAAACCAGACCUGGUCCCCUUUAACCCGAGUCAACCAAUCCACCCAGCCCCAAGUCCCCACCCACACCCGGUUCUGAAGAUCAGCUCACACCCGGACCCCAGCACCGACCCACACCCAAUCCGACACCCUAUUCCUAUCCCCCACCCCCGCCCUCACCCCCUCCCGCUCCCCCAGCCCUUCCCCCGCCAGUCCGACCAGCCGUACUCCGCCCUGGCGCUGCUCCACCCGCCCCACGCGCAGUAUCACCCCACGCCCCACACGGCACACCACCCCGUGCUGCACAUCCAGCCCCACGCCACUUCCCAGCCGCUGCUCCAGCAAGGCACGCCCUGGAGGAUGCCCCACACUGAGGACCCGUCCCCCCAGGCCGCCAUGGACCGCAGGACCCAGCCCGUACCCCCCGUGGACGUUCCUGAUGACGGGGUCCCCCAGGAGACGCUUGUUGGUCCGGCGAGUCAGGACGAGUCCUCACACCCCGCCGUGAUGGGCAGCCACGGCGUGGACCCGGCCUCGGGGCAGGAGUCCAGCGAGGAGGAGCAGGUGGCGGCCGAGCCCAAGCUGGACGACCACUUCUUCCUGCACCCCAUGCCGCACCACCGCGACGUGACCUUGCCCGGCGCCGAGGACCACCACCACCACCACCGACACUACGACGCCGCCGCCGACCAGGACACCGACAGCGGCACCCCCGACCAGGACGCCGGUAGCCCUGAGGCGGGGCGGCACCUCACCACCACCCCCAGGAGCAACUCCUCGGAGGCGGAGGGGCUGGAGGAGCAGCUGCAGGGCGUGGAGGGUCGUUCCCUCCACGUCGAGGAGGAGCAGCAGAGAGGCACGGAGCAGGAGGGAGGCACGGAGGAGGAGGGACGCACGAAGGAGGAGGACACCCCCGCCGCGGAGGGCGGGCGUGGCGCGAAGGUGCUGCAGCUGCAGGGUCCCGUGGUGUUGGAAUCCCUGGACGAGGCGGCGCUGGCACCGCUGGCGGGUCAGGCGCGGGAGGUACUGACGCUACGGGACAACCAGACGGCCGUGCUGGCGCUGCUGAGGGUGACGCAGACCUCCGGCGGCUCCGGCGACACCUUCCAGGCCGACGCUAUGAUACAGGCCGAGGACGCGGGCGACCUCGGCGACGACCUGUACAGCGGCCUGUCCCACCGCGACGACCUGCGUAGCCUGGAGGCCGCGGCGGCGGGCAGCGGCCCGGCCCAGCUGGUGCAGACAGAGAGCGACGGCCGCGCCCCCCUGGCGGUGCUGGCCAAGAAGGACGCCAAGACGCUGGAGGCGAGGAAGACCAUCAACGCGCUGGACACGGCGGAGAAGAGCCAGCCCGAGGAGGCGGCGGCGGCGGCAGCGGGCGAGCUCACCUCCACCAUGAAACCGAUCUACGAGGAGAUCUCCGCCACUCUGCAGGUGGACACGAGUAUCGACGACGUGGAGGACUUCGACGUACAGACGCGGCACACGGAGACACCCGACGACUUCCUGCCGCCCACCAACACCUCGCACACCAACCUCAUCGACGUGGCGCUGCACCCGCCGCAACCCGGCGACCCUACCGCCCCAGCCGCCACCUUCACGCCCCCACCCGGCCCAUCCUCCCCCGCGGACCCCCAGACGCCCCUCACCCCCGCCCCGCAGACUUUCUCCAACUACCCCAGCCACUACCCGCCCAAGAUCUCCCCCGCGCAGGACGCUAACGCCGCCGCCACCACCGCCGCCGCCGGGGACGGGGCGGAUGUCUGGGCGCCCUUCGUCGGCAACUUCUCCGAGCUGAGCAACGCCUCGCUGGCCCUCAACGCCUCGCUGAUCCAGAAGAGCCACGUGCUGAGCGUCGAGGAGCACUACCGCAUGGUGCUGCAGGAGCGAGGGAGUCUGAUGCUACAGCUGAUGGACCCCACCGCGGACCCCUGCGAGGACUUCUACCAGUUCGCGUGUGGCCGAUGGAAUGGCAAGUUUCCCAUCAGACAAGACAAGGCCGUGGACAACACCUUCGAGCGGCUCAAGGAAGACCUGGACGAUGUGUUGCGGUCCCUGCUGGAGGAGGAGCCUCUGACCACCGACAACAACAUCACACUCACGGUCAAGACUCUCUACACGGGAUGCAUGAACACAGAAGCCAUCGAGGCCCUUGGAGCUGACCCGCUGCUGUCGCUACUCCGGGAGCUGGGCGGGUGGCCGGUGCUGGAGGGCGAGGCGUGGAACAGCUCCGGGUAUGACUGGGUGCGGCAGAUGGCCAGGCUCAGGAACUACAACAACGAUAUCCUGAUCUCCGAGUGGGUGGCGGCGGACAUCACGAACUCCUCCAAUCAUAUUAUACAGUUGGACCAGCCGGAGCUUGGACUACCAGGGCGCGAGUACUUCAUCAACCCCGGAGACUUCCAAUACCGCGAAGCCUAUCUCGACCUGAUGCUCAAUGUGACGCAGCUUCUCGGCGCCGCCCUACCCCAAGCGCUCAAGGACAUGACGGAGGUGCUGCACUUCGAAACGCAUCUCUCAAGGAUCCUGACGCCGGCCGAGGAGCGGAGGAACCUGUCAGCUGUUCACCGCCGUCUCACCGUGGAUCAGCUGACGGAGGAGGUGCCGGAGGUGGACUGGGCCCUGUACCUGGAGGCCAUCACCUGGGGCAACAACCACAGCGAUGAGGUGGUCGUCUUCGGCCUCGACUACUUCAAGAAACUCGUCGCCCUGCUGGAGUUUACCGACGACAGGGUGGUGAGCAAUUAUCUCCUGUGGCGCUUUGUCAAGAACCGAAUCAGCAACCUCGGAGAGAACUACACAAACAUCAAGCAGGACUACAUCAAGGUCCUCUUCGGGAGACAGAGCCAGCCCGAGAGGUGGCGUUCGUGCGUCACCUAUGUCAGCGGCAACCUUGGCUACGUGGUCGGCGCGAUGUUCGUUAAGAGAUACUUCCCCGAGGCCAGCAAGAACGAUACGGACGAGAUGAUCGGGCUUAUCAGGGAAUCCUUCGGCACUGCCCUGCGCGGCGCCCACUGGAUGAACGAGGCGACCCGGCACGUGGCCCAGGAGAAGGUCAACACUAUCGUCAAGAAUGUGGGCUACCCGGACUACCUGUUGAACGAUACCUACAUGGACCAGGUGUACGCUGAGCUGAGUUUUAACCGCGAGACGCACUUCGAGAACGUCCUCAAGAUGCUCCAGUUCCACGCCCGGACGAACCACGACCUGCUCUCCGUGCCUGUCAACCGCACCGCCUGGGUCACGUCCCCGGCGGUGGUCAACGCUUACUACAGCAGGUCAAAGAACAUGAUAGUCUUUCCAGCUGGCAUUCUUCAGCCGCCGUUCUACCACCCUGCCUUUCCUCGGUCCCUCAACUACGGCGGCAUCGGUGUGGUGAUCGGGCACGAGAUAACGCACGGCUUCGACGACCGCGGGCGACAAUUUGACAAGAACGGCAACCUGCAGCAGUGGUGGACGCCGAGUGAUGUGUCGCAGUUCUACCAGCGAGCCUCAUGCAUGCUGGACCAGUAUGGGGAGUACCAGGUGGACGAGGUGGACCUGAAAAUCAACCCUGUGAAUACCCUGGGUGAAAAUAUUGCAGACAACGCGGGCAUCAAGAUAUCAUACCAGGCGUACCAAAACUGGCGGCAGAACAACGAGGAGUCGGUCACACUGCCCUACGUCAACCUCACCCACGACCAGCUCUUCUUCCUCAACUUCGGACAAAUCUGGUGCGAGAUCAACAGCCCCGAGGCGAUGCUGACCAAGAUACGCAGCGGACAGCACUCGCCUAACAAAUUCAGGGUUAUCGGGACGCUGUCGAACUCGGAGGAAUUCAGCGAAGCCUUCAACUGCCCGCUGGGGAGUGCCAUGAACCCUGAGAAGAAGUGCCGAGUGUGGUGAGGCGGGGACGAAGGUGCAGAGAAGACGACCCCCUUAAGAGUAUCAGCGAGAGAUGGAAGGUUGUAAGAGAAUGACCCCCUUAAGGAAUAAUUGCUAGAAAACGAAGAUGGUGAGAGAAUGACCCCCUUAAGGAAUAACACCCAGGGAACGAAGGUAGUGAGAGAAUUGACUCCCUAUAGGAAUAACAGCCAGGGAACGAAGGUAGUGAGAGAAUGACCCCCUUAAGGAAUAACACCCAGGGAACGAAGGUGGUGAGAGAAUUGACUCCCUUAAGGAAAAACAGCCAGGAAACGAAGGUGGUGAGAGAAUGACCCCCUUAAGGAAUAACAGUCAGGAAACGAAGGUGGUGAGAGAAUGACCCCCUUAAGGAAAACAACAAAAGGAGGUAGAGAAUGAAAGUGGUGCCAAAACGACCCCCUUAGAGAAGUGUUAGCCUAAGAACGAAGGUGUUGCCAGAAGAACGACCCCCUUAAGUAGAAAGAACAGCAGCAGGUGGCAGGGGACGACCACCACCACUAGAAUUUGGGUUCAUAAAGUUCAAGUCACAGGAAGGUUGAAAAGAGAGAAAGGAAAUUGCAUCGGAACAUUGAAAAAAAAGCUCACCUUCAGAAUCGCAUCGUACGAACACUAGAGAAUGGAAAGGAAAGGUUGAGUAUUGAAAAAACACGCAGAAAAAAAUAAAAAUAAAAGCAGAAAUGAAAGAAAAAACUACAUAAACAGAGAAGGAACACUGAAAAAAAGACUUACCUUCAAAAUCGCAUCUUACGAACACAAGAGAAAGGAAAGGAAAGGAAAAGAAAAGAGAGAAAGAA